GUCUGUUCUAUAAUGGAUACCUAUGAGUCUGAAGGCACUGUUAUAUUGAAGCAAUAUGGUGUUAAAGAUGCUCAAGACCCCAAGAACAGGCAGUGCUUCUUGUAUCCAGAUUUUCUAGCUUUGGACUUUACUGGUUGUCGUAACAGCUUGAACUUUCCAAACAUGGCUUUUAUGAUUAGAUCAGAUGAACCUCGUGGUCAAAUUGUAGCAACAUUUGUAAGUAACAAAGAAAUGAUACCAGUUGUUAACCUGAUGUUUGAUCAGGACCAGGAAGAAUUUGAUCAAUGGAAAAUUACUAUCUUGGAUGCAAAAGAGUUUCAGUCUGCUAUCAGAAUUACAAACUUAGUUAUUGCAGAAACUGUUACAUCUUAUUUUCGAACACACUAG